AUGUCGACGAGUUAUUUUCAGGAGCGUAGCACUCCCGCAUCACAGACUGGCAUGUCUCCUGCUUCACCUCAGGUAGGAGCAGGUUCACGAGGAGUCAAUGCACUCUCCAGUCGAAUUACCAGCGUCCUGUCUGCUUCGUACGCAGAUUUGGAGAUUCGAGGGGCUCUGGAAACCAUAGAUGAGCGCAAUAUCCAAAACACAGCGGAGACCAGACGACAGAUCCGACUCGAUGUCCAGAAGGACGUGAUCGAGUGUAAUGGCGAGAUUGUCAAAGACUUUGGGCAGGUUGCGGAGCAACUAAGGCGUAUUGGUGCAGCCAUCACCAGCUUGAACAGCUCCUGUGCUGAUAUGCGUGCACACAUUUCCACUGCAGCCCGCGAGACUGGCCCUGUUCUGGAAGAAGCUACAAGCCUCAUCAAUCAGAGGAAACAGAUCGAGACGAAGCAUCAGAUCCUGAACGCUUUCAGCUCGCACUUCCGAAUUACCGAAGAGCAGGCCACUGUCUUGACAUCGACUGCAGAGCCGGUAAAUGAAGAGUUCUUCCAGGUCUUGACACGUGUGAAGAAGAUCCAUCACGACUGUCAGGUACUGCUGGGGACUGAAGACCAACGACUAGGCCUGGAAAUCCUAGAGCAGAGCUCCAAGCAGCUCAAUGGAGCGUUCCAGAAGCUAUAUCGCUGGAUACAGCACGAAUUCAAGACUUUGGACUUGGAGAACCCCCAGAUCAGCGCGUCUGUACGUCGGUCGUUGCGAGUCCUCGCAGAACGGCCCACCUUGUUCCAGAGCUGCCUCGAUUCUUUUGCCGAAGCACGAGAGGCAAUCCUGUCCGAUUCUUUCCACGCGGCCCUGACUGGCUCCAAUUCGGGCACGUCGCACAUUGCCACUAAGCCCAUCGAAUUCUACGCGCAUGAUCCGUUGCGUUACGUCGGUGAUAUGCUCGCUUGGGCGCAUUCGGCCACCGUAUCUGAGAGGGAAGCCUUGGAAGUCCUCUUCGUUUCUGACGGCGAUGAGAUCAGCCGCUCGAUACAGGCCGGGUUAGAGAGCGAGCCGUGGCUCAAAGGCGAAGGCGAGCAGGAAGUGUUCGAUGGCAAGAAGGCCUUGAACCAGCUGGUCAGUCGUGAUUUGACGGGCGUUGCGCGACUUUUGCGGCAGAAGACCGAGCAGGUCAUCCAGAGCCACGAAGAUGCAACGCUCGCCUACAAGAUCGCGAACCUGAUCGGCUUCUACAAAGGCACAUUCCUCAAGCUACUCGGUCAAGAUUCGGAUGUUCUGGCCCUGUUCGACACUCUGCAAGCCUCGGCGAUGCGUCAAUUCCGUGCCAACAUGCGCGAUCAUGUUGCUACUGUUCAAAGCGAGCUGGCAGUCGCACCCGCCGACCUCUCCCCUCCCGACUUCCUGGAAGAAGCCUUGCAAACCCUCAAAGUGCUGGCCAAGAGCUACGAUACCUCUGUAACAGCUCUGAACGAGUCGAGUAGCGACUUCGAAGCCGUGCUAGCCGAAGCCCUCGAUCCCUUCCUCGGCGGCUGCGUGAACCUCCAAAAGGGCAUGGAGCAGCCCAACGGCGCCAUCUUCGCCAUCAACUGCCUCCUCGCUGUGAAGGAAGCACUCUCGGGAUUCAAAUUCGCUGCAGAGCGAGUUGCCGAGAUGGGCGAGACAAUCGACGAACACGUCGCUGCUCUCGUGGACUACCAACACCAGUACCUGAUCCACGAGUCCGGCCUCAUCACGCUACACGAAGCACUCUCCGCCGUUAGCGAUGCGCCAGAGAGCCUUGGGACGAUCCCGCAACUCGCCGCUUUCAAGCCCGAGGCCCUGGUCUCCACCAGCCAGCAGCUCGACGAGUUCUUACCCUCGGCGCUCAUCGACGCUGCAGAGAACCUGAAGCUGCUUCGCAACAGGACGACGGUGCAACAAGUCACCGAGGAGGCGGCGGCCAAGUUCUGCGAGGACUUUGAGUUUGUGGAGCGCAAGAUCGUGGCGGCGGACGAGCUACUGUACGACGAAGAUGAUGAAGAGGCGGAGCCGGGGCUUAGGGAUUUGUUCCCUCGCACGAGUGGUGAGAUUAGAGUGUUGCUCAGCUAG